AUGGAGGACUACCUGCUCAUCAGGCGUGAUGUGAACCCAGCUUUCGAUGGGCUCGAACCUGGACAACCAGCGGGACAGCUCAAGUCCGGGCAGCAGUACAACGACCAGCUCUCUGCACUCUUAGACGAGUUGUGGAUCGUCCGCUGCAAGAAUUUAGGGAAACCUAAAGAUGUUGUCGACCUCGACGAAGAGCGCGAUUACCUGCCGGCCCGCUCCUCGCAAUCAAGCCCUGCUACCGUCAAGGAGGAGGACGGAGAGCCGGAGCUACCUUGCGGAGGAGGCUUGGAGGGAGAGGGCGCCGACGGCACGCAGGAGGGUGCCGCCGGCGAGCCUGCACCGGGGGAGACGUCGCCCGCGGAAGUGGAGGACACGAAGGAUGGUUCAUCAGAGGCGGGAGGCGGUGGUGCGGUGGGGGCGGGGAGUGGUGCGGUGGAGGCGGGGAGCGGUGGAGAGGCGGGGACGGGGAGCGACGAUUCUUUGGGGCCCGAGCCAGAGGAAGGUUCGCCGGACUACCCGCGAUGGCUCGCCCGACAGGGGGCCAUCAACGCGAAACAAGCCGCUUCCGAUGACGCGGUCAGCUCAAGUGGGGACGGCAACUUGGGAUACGGGCCGAGGCCCGCGAACUGGACGCACCCGCUCACCCUAACGUUCUGCUUUUUCGGGAGGCCGGCUGGUGAACACGAAGACACGGAGCUCAACACGUGCGCAGCGAGCUCCGGGCCUCCGUCUCGCGGCAAGAAAAGGAAGGGGGGCAAGGGCAAGGCCAAAGGUCCCGCCAGCGAAGGUGGGGGCAGCGGCGAGGGAUCCUCCGGCGAGGGAUCCUUGACGGAGAAUCCGUUGCACGCAGGCGCUGUGAGGCAGUUUGUGGGGGCCGGGGAAGCGCAGAGCCGAGCAAAGGUGAAGAAGGCUACACAGGAGGUAGAGCUGCGGCAGUCCCGUGAUGCAGCGAGGGCUCAGUUUCUGCGGCAGAACACGGAGCAACUGGAAGUGGCGAAGGAGAUGCGCGAUGCGGUGAAGCGAGUAGCCGACAACACUACCGCUCAGCGCGCGCUGCAGGAAGAGGAGGCCUGCCGCAAGCGUAAGAAGCAGGCCAUCGAAGACCUUGAGGGCGAUCUACAAUACUGCGAAAGCCACGAAGCUAAGGCCAUCAAGCUGAAGAUUCGGGCUAUGCGCAAGAUGCCCGUCGGCCAGUUCACCGCUGAUUUCGUCUCAGGCGGCAUCGACGACCUAGCGGGUCCCUCCGCUCCAGAGGUUACCUCGGACGUACCCGCCUUGCCGGGCUUCUCGCUCAACAGCGAGACACCGGGGCCUGAAGGUGGUGGGGCUACGGCACAGCAUCCCCAGGGUUAGGCUUUCUCCGCGGGGAGGUCUACGGUGACAACUUGUUUAGAAAAUUUAGCGCGAGAAGCCCGCUUUGUCGUGCGGGGAAACAUCCCUGGCGGGCGUAUCUGAUUCGAUGUUUUUUUCGUCGUGUGUUUCAGUUGGCGCUUGGAGGGAUCACCCGUCCGUCGUCGGCCGUGUAGGACAUGUAACUUUAUUUGGCCGGAGCCAAGUUAGCUCUCACAAUCAUUCCUUUUGAAGUUGUUCGUGCGCAGAGUUUAUGUUCGACUUCGGGAGUCAAGCUUGAGGGCGCACGACUAUGCAAAUGUGUUCUUGUGUGGCUUUCCGAGCUCCUUAUGGUAAGCUGGCUAGUCCGGAUACGCGGUCAAUUGUAGGUGCCUCACCGUUUGGGUGGGGUCUACUUUUUUUCUCCGGGAUGGUUUGUAGAUUCAGAUAUUUUCUUGAAACACUUUUUUAUUUUUUUCCGGCUUCAUUGUUGUGCCGGCGCGAGGCCGAGAUGCGCACGUAUGUAGCGCCUACACGGAUCCCAAAUUUGAGCACGUCUAAUGAGGGAUCUCAACGUGCGUCUUUCACGCCUUCAGACUGGGCGUGGAUGCCUGUGAACGCUAGGUUUAUUCGUGAUGUAGAGAGAUUAGAGAGUAGAACGGUUCGUGGUGCUCGCCCCCGAGGUCCCACACAUGACGUUUCUUCGGUCCUUGCUAAGUUGAAACCUCAUACACCGACACAGCAAACUUCGUGUUUAAAGACGCGAAAAAAGAUGUAUCCAAUCACGCCCCUGCGCACCGGAAGUUUCAGUUUAAAAUUGCUUUGAUGAAACUUCGAACACACCCGACAUACUCAUCAUACUAACCAGAGCCGCGUAUUGACAGGUCGUGACCCUUCAUGCACCCCCACCACCCCCCACC